CACACAUACACACACACAAAUCCCCCGAUACGUCCAUCGAGAAAAGCCCGCGCACUUCGCCCGAAUAUACGUGUUGAAUCGGAGCGAAAACGUGGAACGAGAGAGUGAAAGAGAAAGAGAGAGAGAGAGAGAGAGAGAAGGAGAGGGGGGAAGGGGAGAGACGAGUGUGCCGCUCCUUUCACGCAGUGGAAAAUCGCGGGCGGAAACACGUGCAAUAUAACGACGCUUCGGAGAUCCCCGGAGGCGCGCGGACGCGCGACGAAUUAAACACACGCUCGUGCCGUCCUGCGCCGUGAUCGCGUCGCCGUCCGUCUCUUCUACACGCGCUUCGUGUGUAACGCAGUGUGUUAAAAGGCAUCGAGGCACUCUCUCCCGCGAAUCGACGACGAGGUGAAAGGAUAUAUAAAGGAAACGAGUUAAAAAGAAGAGAAGAAAAGGAAGAGAGAAAAUAUAGUUCGUUCUUUUGUUCCAAGAGGGAGAAAGUUUAACGAGCGACUCGUCACCAAUGGUUCACAUAGUGGAAGUUGUAUCGUCGCGUCGGAACGACUUGCAGCAAAUGAUGAACCGUCCUAUUCAAGUCAAGCCGGCGGACAGUGAAAACCGCGGAGAGUGCAUGAUGGACGACGGGAGCACCAGUGCCAUCUUCUGGAAGUAGGAGGCACCGGUGGCGGCCGCUGAAGACAGAAAGCUGUUCGUGGGAAUGCUCAGCAAGCAACAAACAGAAGACGAUGUCAGACAGUUGUUCACUGCCUUUGGCACAAUAGAGGAGUGUACCAUCCUCCGAGGACCUGACGGCAGUAGCAGAGGCUGUGCAUUCGUAAAACUUUCAUCGCAUCAAGAAGCGCUAGCGGCGAUCAAUACCUUACACGGUAGCCAAACUAUGCCGGGUGCGUCAUCCAGCUUAGUGGUAAAGUUCGCAGAUACUGAGAAAGAGAGACAACUAAGACGCAUGCAGCAAAUGGCCGGGAACAUGAGCCUCCUUAACCCUUUCAACGUCUUCAAUCAGUUCGGCGCUUACGGCGCUUACGCUCAGCAGCAAGCAGCUCUGAUGGCCGCAGCAACAGCACAGGGGACGUAUAUCAAUCCAAUGGCAGCAUUGGCACACGUUGGCGCCGGCCAACUGCCGCACGCGUUGAACGGCAUGCCAAACCCUGUUGUUCCACCGACUUCCGGUUUGCUCGUAGGUACCGGUACAGGGCAGCCUGUUAACGGGGCGAUACCGUCGUUACCGUCGCCAACGAUGCCCAAUUUCAACAUGGCUGCACAAACACCGAAUGGUCAACCAGCAGGUUCGGAUCCUGGUGUCUACACCAACGGGAUACCGCAGACCUAUCCGGGACAUGCCCUCCAUCUGUCCAUUCCAGCACAAGGGCUGCCUAAUGGGGAGGCGGCACUCCAGCAUGCCGCCGCGUAUCCUGGAAUGCAACCCUACCCCGGUGUCGCUUAUCCCGCCGUCUACGGCCAGUUUCCUCAAGCUAUUCCUCAGCCGAUGACCGCUGUGGCACCCACGCAGAGGGAAGGAUGCUCUAUCUCAGGACCCGAAGGCUGCAACCUGUUCAUCUACCACCUGCCUCAAGAGUUCGGUGACGGUGAGCUCAUGCAGAUGUUCAUCCCCUUUGGCAACGUCAUAUCCUCCAAGGUUUUCAUCGAUCGGGCCACCAACCAGAGCAAAUGCUUCGGUUUCGUGUCGUUCGACAAUCCAGCGAGUGCGCAGACAGCAAUUCAAGCGAUGAAUGGCUUCCAGAUAGGGAUGAAGCGUUUAAAAGUCCAGUUAAAGAGGCCCAAGGACGCAAGCCGGCCAUACUAACCAAAGUCCUAGCUUAGAGAAACUGGACGAUACGCACCCUACAUCAUAACCCACAGAAUGUCGUACAAGAACACGGGCUUAUUGAACGCUCGACGAUCAGAAGUGAUGAGUUUGAAUCACCGUUACAACGCUCUCCACUAUAAUAAUCUAGUAUACUAGUUAGAUAAAUUAAUUAGAGGAUAACAAUUAGAAGUCAGUAGAUUGACUUCGCCGGCAGCCACGCGGCGAGGACGAAGAGGCUGAUAACGCUAAUGAGAACACAUUGGAUGUCCAGCGCUGAACCCAGUCAGUCCGAGAGAAAGGCGAAAAGAAAAGAAAAGAAAAGAAAAGAAAAGAAAAGAAAGAAAGAAAGAAAGAAAGAAAGGAAAACGCGAGAAUAGGAUUCACGCUUCGAACAAAACGAACACUCUCGGAUGCUCGGAUACGAUUAAUCCUUUUACUAAACAAAACAAAAGAAAAAAACAAAAAAAAAAAAAGAACGGAACACGCGUCGAUCUUUCUCAUCCUCUUCUUUUUAUUUUCCUACAUCUUAUUAUAUUUUAUACAUAGUUUUCCGUUCUUCACUCUCGAUCCCUACUGCCAAACGAGAACCCGUAUCGGAAUAACGGAGCAAAAAAAAAAAAAAAAAAUAAUAAAAUCUUUCGAUACGCGUUUCUUCUCGACGACGACGUCGUCGUCCUCAUCGUCGUCGUCGUCGUCGUCGUCGUCGUCGUCGUCCUAGUAACGAGUUUUAUCAUCCGAUCAUCCGGGACAAGUAGAAAUUAAACGGGAGCCUUUAAGAGCCUCUCGGCCAGGUUUUAUCGUUCCGACGACACGCUAACUCUUAAAUAGUUUGAUAAAUCACGUGAUGGGAAAAAACGUUCAAGUGCGGGCGACUUUCCAGGUAACGGUAAACCAAAGAAGAUACAAGAGAAGAUAUAAGAAGAAGAAGAAGAAGAAGAAGAAGAAGAAGAAGAGGGAGAAGAAGAAAGAAAAAAUAAAAAAAAAGAAAACUCUUAGUUCCUGACGAAGCGGCAUGGCGAUUGUAGCCGACCGACUGUUUAAAAAAAAAA